CCGGUUGUCCAAGCACUACACUGCCUACAGGAUUGGUGCAAUGUUAUGUGUUUGUGGGGUGUGAGAAAUCAGUGGGCAUCAUGUGUUUAUCAAAUGUCGUUUCGAAAUUGUUCGAACUGCAACGAGCUUCCACCUUCAGUGCCGGGUAUUGCAUCCUUUCUAGCAUUUCUGACUGUGCAGUAAGGACCCUAUGCAUAUUUUACAGCGAACGGGUUCCCCAGUUGCAGGGAAGACGGCCAUAAUAACGCCAAGGAUAGCGUCAGCGGAAUGUUAAACAUAGUGAUUUUUUAUUUUUAUUUUAAAAUUCACGUGUUGUAUGCAACGACACUUGUCAGGUAUGUAAUAGUGAGUUUUUUCCGGUGCAAUCUGAGCCACGUAGUCUAUCGUGCAUGUAAACGACACAGUAAAAUAUCAAACUUUCGUCUUGUGCCUUUCUUCCCUGAAUGAGGAACCCGCCAUGUUGAAGCAGUUUGUUAAUACGCUACUGCACUAUUUGGUUACACAGAGGCGACGCAGUAGGGAAUACCUAGGCCAAACAUGCGUCGGUUUGAUAUGUCGAGCUUGUGUUGUCUCGUCUAAGAACUAGAUGUUAGCUAUUGAGAAUGCACAGUGAUACAGAUGAAAAUUUGUUGGUGUUGUCUUUCACACCACACCAUUAAGAAAGGGCAUGUACCUGCAGCUUUGUGACGUAAAUGAAGAGGCUAUUGUUCACACAUGUAUAUUUCAGGAAGACGUGACCAGGAAAUGCAGCAGGUAGAUUCGGUGGCUCAUAGCAGUACGGAUGCAAAUAGCAGCCAGCAAGAUGUGAUUGAACCACCCCCUAGGGAGGAACCUCAUCUGGAGCCAGUUAAUGGUGUAGUUCAGCCUCCCUUUUACCCACAUCCAGACCGUCCAGGCCGUGUUACCAAUCAACUUCAAUUUCUUUUGAAAGCAGUGCUCAAGACAGUAUGGAAACAUCAAUUUGCAUGGCCAUUUUAUCAACCGGUGGAUGCUAAGAAGCUCAAUUUACCUGACUAUCAUAAAAUAAUAAAGCAGCCAAUGGACUUGGGGACAAUAAAGAAACGUCUUGAGCAUAACUAUUAUUGGAGUGGAAGAGAAUGUAUUCAAGAUUUCAAUACUAUGUUUACAAAUUGUUAUGUCUAUAACAAACCUGGUGAAGAUGUUGUGGUCAUGGCCCAGACCCUUGAAAAGCUCUUCCUUACAAAAGUUGCAGCUCUGCCUAAAGAGGAAGUAGAGCUGGAUCCACCUACAGCAAAAGGAACAAAAGGGAAGAAAGCUCGUGGCAGCUCUUCAGGAGCUGUUCUAAGAGGUCGCCCGUCUUCAAGCAGUAGCAACAGUGGUGGACCAACAGUUAGCUCUAGUGUAUCAGCAGUUUCCUCCUCACCCAAAGCUCCUGCACAAUCAACGGUACAGACAUCACCUGUUGCCAGUUCCACAGGAUCUGUCCACCUUCCCCUUGGCACACAACCUCCUCUCCCUGUACCAGGAAGCACAGCUACUACUACUGUGCCAGCUAGCAGUAAUCUGCCACAUGGGACCCACAAUUCAUUGCCCAAGCAGGUGACAGCUCCUGCUGGUGCAUACCAUGGUCAGUCAGCAGUCGUCACAUCGUUGGAUGUUCAGCCUCAGAGUACUGGCCAGACUGAGAAUCAGUCGUCAGCUGUUAUUCCUCCUUCACAACCUGCAAAGAUGAAGAAGGGUGUGAAAAGAAAGGCAGAUACAACAACACCAUCAUCAGAUUCCUUUGAGCCCCUUUACAAUUCAAUUGAUUCUAAGUCUGCCAAAGUUGCUACACGGAGAGAAUCUGGAAGGACAAUCCGGAAGGUUGUGAAAGAUUUGCCAGUUUACCAGCAGCCUCAACGACAAGAUGAUGGUGUUCCCUUUAGUCAAGCUACGGUCCCUCAUUCAGCUACUGGGAUAACAUCACAGGUAAAGCUGAAGGAUAAAUUAAAUGAAUCUCUCAAGGCUUGCAAUGAGAUAUUGAAGGAGCUCUUUUCAAAGAAGCAUUCGGGUUAUGCAUGGCCAUUUUACAAGCCUGUUGAUGCUGAAUUACUGGGUCUCCAUGAUUACCAUGACAUAAUCAAGAAACCAAUGGAUCUUGGGACUGUAAAGCAAAAAAUGGAUAAUCGGGAAUACAAAACUGCUGCAGAAUUUGCUGCUGAUGUAAGAUUAAUAUUCACAAAUUGUUACAAGUACAAUCCUCCUGAUCACGAUGUUGUAACAAUGGCAAAAAAGCUGCAAGAUGUGUUUGAAAUGAGAUAUGCAAAAAUACCAGAAGAGCCAGUUUCUGGGAGCAAGAAUGAAAAGAUGUCUGUGACCACUUCAGGAAGUGAAUCAAGCAGUGGAUCAUCAUCCGAUUCAGACGAUUCUGAUGCUGAGCGUGUGCGCAAGCUAGCACUCCUUCAGGAACAGCUGAAAGCAAUGCAAGACCAAAUGCGCAAGCUUGUUGAAGAAAGUUCCAUGAAGCGCAAUAAGAAAAAGAAGGAUGACAAAGACCGGAGAAAAAAAAAGAAGUCGGAAAAACAUGGAUCUUCAUUGAAGGAUGCAAGGACAGUAUCUGCAAGUGAUGCUGUAAGUGCUGGUGCUAAUGUUUCUGUGUUAGGAACCGGUGAUAGACUUGGAGCAGAGUUGCCUCAUAGUGUAACCAGAAGUGGGUUUAGUGCAAACUCUGGUGUGAUGAUUGGUGCACCUACCUCAUCUAAAGCAAAUAAAAAAAGUUCUCGUGGGAUGGGAAAGUCAGGUAGUCAGAAGCGGCCUAAAACUAGCUCACGUUCAGGAGGAAGCAAGAAGAAAGGAAGUAGCAGUAUGCCGCCACCAAACUUGGGUUUUGACUCGGAGGAUGAAGAUAAUGCCAAACCAAUGUCAUAUGAUGAGAAACGACAGCUGAGCCUUGAUAUAAAUAAGUUGCCAGGUGACAAAUUGGGCAGAGUCGUUCAUAUUAUCCAGUCCCGUGAGCCAUCUUUGCGUGAUUCCAAUCCUGAUGAGAUAGAAAUUGACUUUGAAACCCUGAAACCAUCAACCCUGCGUGAGCUGGAAUCAUAUGUUGCCUCUUGUCUGAGAAAAAAGCCACGUAAGCCAUACUAUAAAAAGCUUUCUGGAAAAUCUAAAGAUGAGCAAAUGGCUGAAAAGCAACAAGAACUGGAGAAAAGAUUGCAGCAUGUGUCUGGUCAGUUAGGCUCAGCAAAGAAGCAUGCAAGAAAAGAUGAGAGCAGAUCAAUUGAUGGUGCCGGUGGACCAGCACAUCUUUCAGCCUCCACUUCAAGCAGUUCAGACACAGACUCUAGCACCUCAAGUCUUUCUAGUAGCUCGACUGACACUAGUGAUUCAGAAGCAGGUUAGGUGAUAUUAGAAACUGUACAAAUCGACUUUUUGAAGGAAAGAAAAGAAGAAAAAAAAUAUGAUGUGGGUCAUUCCAUCAGCCUCUGUCUUUGGCUUUUAUUUGUUUUAAUACAUUUCAGUAUCAGUCUCGUUUUAACACUGUUACUAUUUGUAACAGCUGUUCUCAUUUUCCAGUGACGGUGUAGUUUUUAUAAUCUCAUGAAGCAGUAUUGUUGCAAUUAAGUAUUGAUGUGAAAAUGACUUUGGCAUAAAUAUUUAUUUUUUAUGCUCAAUAAUUUCUUAAACAGAAACAAAGACAUUGUAUUAUCAAAGAGUACAUGUAUCAGGUGUCCGCAAUUAUUUUUUAUGAUUUGUAUGGACCUUAACAUAUGUGGAUUAUAGUGUCUCUUUAAGUGAACUUAAGAUGUUGCUUCUUCUGUAGAUAAGUAAAUGUAAGAUAAGAGCUAGUGUGAAUCCUACGGCGUAGUGUAAACUAGCCAUAAUGCUUCAUGCAGAUUCGAGUGAGAGGAAGAGCAACUUCAAAAUUAAUGUACUAUGAGUUUUAUAGUUUUUGUUGUCAAAAGUAAAGCUAUUUGUUAUCAUUAUUUUGCAUAUUUUAAGACAGUUGUUAUAUUACUAACUGUGUAAUCAAAUGUUUGUUUUGUGACAAUCUGUGUAAUUCAAACUCAACUUCUUCAAUCCAUUUGGAUACUUCCUGUCCUUGCACAGGAAAGGCUCAAACUGUUCAUUGACAUCGUUGACUGUUUCGUAAAGUAACUGCAUAACACGUACAUUUCAUUUUCAUUUUAGCUUUCAUAAUUGCUGUUUGACAGUGUUUUCUGAUUGUUAUUUCUGAUGGGAAAUAUUUUUUUAUUAAUAUUUUGUCAUCAAUUCCCCUCCUUCCCCAUCCCCGUGCCGCCAUAACCCCCCACCCCUCAUUUUUAUGCCUCGUUACGUAUCAUUUACACUUAUUUUUCUGUUCAUUUUAGUCAGUAUCAGUCGUGACUCGUCUGCGUGAGAGUAGUUCUACAUGAAAGCUUAGUUUUUACCAUCUGAAAUAAUAGUGAAUAAUAAAUUAGUGUUUUUGUGUGCAAGAUUCUCAGUUUUGAUGACUUCGUGUGGAAUGGCCCAUAUAUUUUAACCAAUGCAAUAAUAGAUAGGACAUAAAGUGACUAUUAGCACUAUGCUGAUGAACACCAUUUUGUCAGUUUUUGCUGCAAACUUUUCUUCCAUAAGGAUGCAGUACCCAUUGAAUCACAUUUUUAAUGCUUGUAGAUAGUUUGCAGAAAAAACAGUCAGUAUUAUUUGUAUACACACAGAAUUGUAGACUGUUUUUAAUCUGAACUUUUUUAAAGAUUUGUUACAAAUCGGGAAUCGUGAAUUUCUGCUGUACUCAUUUCUGUUUUUUUGUCAAAGAGCCAUAUUUUCAUCUGGAGAAUUUGUUUGAUAACUGAGAUCAUUGCAUUUAAUAUAGCAGCAUAACGUCUUUGCUGGAACAUUAUUUUGGUACAGGAAAAUUGAUGCAAUGUGAGAGUUUCUGAUCUGAAGACUUGUGUGUGUUGUUGUUGUCUGUUCCAUAGCAUUGUUCAGAUUCAGAUGGAACAUUGGUGAUACCAAGCAUUUGAUAUAACAUGUUCAAUACAUAUUUUACUCAUUUUUGUACUCAUGUCUUUUGUGAUAAUGAAAUAUUCUUCUUAUGUAAGUUCACAUACUGUGAUAUCUUCUGUAGAAUUGCACACACUGCAGCUUUUUCCAAAUUUUUACUGGUUCUGAUGGCACAGGUUAUUUCCCAUUUUUCAUUAUAGCCCUUCUCUACCAGACAUUGUAUUUAUGACAUUCCAUUUCAUCGUCAGUAUUUAGGGUUUGUUAGCCAGUAGUUGUUUCACAGUCUAUGAUUAUUAUUAUUAUUAUUAUUAUUAUUAUUAUUAUUAUUAUUAUUAUUAGUGAUUCUCAACAAAAAAGGGAACACCAGUAAUGUCUGAUGUAUCUAUGUCUCUUUGAAAUUACUGUUUAAUUAAAUAUUUGUACCUGAAUGAAGAAGAUCUAUGCAUUUGCCACGUUUUGAAUAAAAUAACUGCCGCACUUCCUCAGUUUUGUGGGUAACUGAAAUAGGAAUACCUCUCUUUAUUCCUGUGGAAGAGCUGAUACAUGGUAUUCCUCUCAAAGAAUGUAUUUUUUUUUUCAUUAUUUUGGCAUGCAAGCUAUCAUAAAAUUGUUCUAAAUGUCUUCAGAACUUAACAACCAAACCUUUGAUAUAACCUUGUUUUAAUGAAGACAAAAUGUUUACAUUGCGAGAUAAUUUGGCAGUGAAUGUGUAAUAGUUCUAUUUUUGUCCCUCAAACUUUCAUAACUGCUUGCAGUUCAGAUUUGUCCCCCUCAUAAAACAUUUAAGAGGUGAUACUGCAUCAUCCUAUAAGGUAUAAAGGAACCAGCACUCACAACCUCAAAGAUUUUGUGUUCAGUAUGCUACAUAAAAGUAAAAAUAGUUGUGAGUGGUUAUGGCAUAUGUGACUGUAAUUUUCAACACAGUAGCUUUAUAUGUUCUCUCACUGCUUCCUUAUGGACAUUUUUUACUGCCAAAUACUAUUGAUCAGUAUAUGUGCUACUGGUUGCUGCAGCUUCACAUUCACUUCCGGGAAGUGCUUGUGAUAAUAGUGAGAUUAGUAUUUUCAAUUAUUGUUGAUGCAGGAUCAAAUUUCAGGGAACAUUAGUGUUAUUUCUAUCUUAUUUAUUUUUAAUUUUCAUUUAGUGUGCUUUUGGUUAAUCAGUUACUGUGCAUUUUAUACAGUUAUCUGUAUUUUAUUCAAUAGUCAAUAUGAAUAGCUUGAUGAGUGUUGUGACAGUUGAAUCAGUAAUUAUUUGAGUAGUUUGUACAUAUUGAUCAUCUAUUUCAUGGAGUUCAUCUCAGGCAAUUUCAUAUAAUAAAAGCACCAUGUAUGUGGUUAUAUGUAAUAACCAGCAACUUGUGUGAUACGUUUUGUCUGUUGCACUGAUAUCUUUAGAUGAUAAACAUACUUUAUUAUUUGAGGGUUGUGAAUAAAUGUCUUGUGAAUUAUUUUUUUAUGUGAGUAAUAUCCAGCAAAGCAGGACAGCAGAUCAAAUGCUCUGUGUUUAGAGACCUAUUGAAGACUAAGAAAGUGAAGUGUAUGAACCACAUUUAAACAAUUAAAAAAAAAAAAAGAAAACAACGAUAAGCAAUAGGUACCUGCUAAGCAUGUCAUCAUGACUC